GGCAGCAUGACCUCACAGCGAUGGAUGCUGGCAUUCUGCUUUUUACUGGCCUCAGUUUUGAGCACAGGGGAGUCGAUCUCAACAACAGAUACUCAGAAAUUCACUUGCAGGACAUUUGGCAGCGGGGUCUUUGAACCUUUCAACGGUACAAAUUUCUAUGUUCGGUCCAACUGCCCGUUCACACUCACACGCUUCACCAACAACCGGGUGGGAUGUGACAUCACCAUACGGCGAGGCGACAACGGGCUGUUAGUCCAACUGGACAUCAUCAUCAACAAAGUCAGGACUGUUGUGCAGAAUGGAAGCAUCAUAGUGGAGGAGAAAAGUGUCUCCCUUCCAUACCACCACACCUACCAGCAUAUCUUUCACUACGGCAUCUACACGAGGCUGAGGAGCUCGCUGCUUCCUCUGUCUGUCACCUGGCGCAGUGUACCUGGAGGAAUAGACACUAUGAUGGUGGAGCUGGAGCAGGAGCUGAGCACCGACAUGUCUGGACUGUGUGGGAAACACACCGUCAUAGGCAACAAGCAGUUGAUCACAGAGAGCGUGAUUGCUGAGGACACAUGUCAAACCCGCGAUCCAGUCUCCCCUGUGAACACAGAAUGCAGAAAGUUCCUUUCCUACACCUUGGAUUGUCUGCAAGCCGAAACGCCUCGCUAUAUCCAACUCUGUGAAGAAAACAUUUACGGCUAUGAAAAAAGCAAAUACAUCGGCUGUGCCUUCUUCAAAGAAAUUGUCAAACUGUGUGGCAGGGAACGCUUUAUCUGGCAUCGUUGGAGAUCUUUAACCAAAUGCGAGGAACCGAGUUGUCCAGGAAAUCUUGUUUACACAGACGAGGGUCAAGCCUUUCUUCCCAGCUGCUCCAACCCGAGCCCCACCCUCUCCAACCAGGAACUCAUCAGCUCCUGUCUCUGCCCAAGGGAUCAAGUCCUGAAUGAUCGCGCUGAUGGCUAUCUCUGUGUCCCUUUGCCCGAAUGCUGCUGUGUGUUUGCUGGAAAGAGCUACAUAAACGGUGACGUACGAAGCACCAAGUGUCAGUCAUGUGUGUGUGACAGUGGGAAAUGGCAAUGCUCGGAGAACCUCUGCCCCACCGGAUGUGUCAUUGAAGGCCCGUUUGUGACAACAUUUGAUGGCAAACAAUAUGUCAUCCCCGGCAAAUGUAGUUAUGUGGCUUCACAGGAAACGUAUAUAUUCUUAAAGAACACGGUUAAAUUCGGAGGGGAGGAGAUCACUGAACUUCAUCAGUCUGAUCAUGCUCUGGUUUUCUGGGAGUCCUCCAUGUACGUUCGGGUCCACACAUCAUUCGGUAUGAAUUUCCAAGUCCAAAUGUCUCCAGAAAUUCAGCUGUACAUCAGCGCAUCCAGAAACCACACUGGCAUGCUCUCAGGUCUUUGUGGCAACAACAACGACGACACCACAGACGACUUCACCACCAGCAGCGGGAUCAUCGAGAACUCGGCUCAACCAUUCAGUCGGUCCUGGAGCGUGGGCUCUUGUGCCGUGGACAUACCCAGCACCUGCAUCAACACUGACAAUGAGAUAUAUGCUGAUGAAAAGUGUUCUGUUUUGAACAACCCAACUGGGAUAUUUGCAGAGUGCCACGGUCAUAUCCCAACUAAUCACUACCACACGGCUUGCAUCCAAAGAACAUGUAACUGUGGCAGCAGUGUGACUCAGUGCUUGUGUGUUGCUCUGGGCAGCUACGCCAAAGCCUGCGCCAGUCUGGGUGUUGUAGUUGGUGACUGGAGGAAAGCAACCAACUGCACUCUGAAAUGUCAGAAGAACCUCGAAUUCUCCUACAACAUGCAAGCCUGUAACCACACAUGCAGUUCUCUGUCUGGCGCUGACCCCCGCUGUGGGCUGGGCCACGCCCCCGUGGAGGGCUGUGGCUGUCCGGAGGGAACUCACCUGAACAAAGGGCAAAGCUGUACCCCCAAGGCAGAGUGUCCUUGUUACCACCACAGCGGGGCGACAGCCCCGGGGUCUGUUAUCAUCGACGGACGAAAGUGCGUCUGCGAGGAUGGAGAACUGCACUGUUCUCAGGAUUGUGGGUGCACAAAUGGGAAGGUUUGUGUUCAUUGCUCUGAGGACCCAAUGAACACGGCUCAGAAAACCUGUGACUACAUCAGCAAACCAACGGGUGCCAGUCGAACCUGUGAGAGCGGCUGUUACUGCCCAUAUGACCAGUACGAGGAUCACCACGGAAACUGUGCCUCUCUGUCCAACUGCACCUGUGUGUACAGUGGCAAAGUAUUCAGUGCGGGACAGCAAGUCAAAACCAACUGUAAAACAUGUAUCUGUGGACAGGGUCAGUGGCACUGCCAAGACGAGCCUUGCCCAGGGCAGUGUCAAGUUUACGGAAACGGGCACUACCAGACCUUUGACUCCAAAUGGUACCGCUUUGCUGGACAAUGUCAGUACACACUUGUGGAGGAUGACUGCGGAAAUAGAAACGGCACCUUCUCUGUCAGAGUGGAGAGUGUCCCCUGCUGCGAUGAGGCGCUCACCUGCUCUCGCUCCAUCAUCCUCGACCUGCAGGGCAAAGUCACCCUAACACUGAGCGACAUGAAGGUGACCAGGCGCCUCCACGAAGACUGGACUCUGCAGGAAGAUUCGCUUUACUCCACACACACUUUGGGACUCUACAUCGUGAUCGCAGUGCCGAGCAGAGGGAUAACUCUCAUCUGGGACAAACACACCCGACUCACCAUCGAGCUGCAUGAAUACUGGAGGAACCAAGUUUGCGGCCUGUGUGGGAAUUUUGACUCCAAUGAGAUGAAUGACCUACUGAUAAGUGGCUCAGCGGUGUCCAGUCCCUUGGCAUUUGGCAACAGCUGGAAAGCCGCCACACCUCCUUGCUCUGAUGUGACCACUGAGAUAUUUCCAUGCGAACGCCACUCCUACUGCUCCGCCUGGGCCCAGCGGCGCUGUAUGAUCCUGACAGGAGACACAUUCAAGGACUGCCACUUAAAAGUGGAUCCAGAUCCCUACUACUUUGCCUGUGUGCAGGAGUCCUGCUCCUGUGAGUUUGAAGGGAAGUUCCUGGGCUUCUGCACAGCGGUGGCCGCCUACGCAGAGGCCUGCAGCGACCAGGAUGUGUGUGUGAAAUGGAGGACACCUGAUUUGUGUCCGGUCUACUGUGACUACUACAACGAGCAGGGUCAGUGUAGCUGGCACUAUGAAGCCUGUGGUGAGAUGUUGAGCUGCGGCAAAGACAACUACAUCACUCACAAGCUGGAAGGCUGCUACCCCAGAUGUUCAAAGGAGGAACCAUACUAUGAUGAAAAUACUGGUGAAUGCACUAAAUUGAGAAACUGCACUUGUAAUUUUAAUGGCACGAUCAUGCAACCUUGGGCAGUGGUAAUGAUACAGUCUUUUGAAUGCCGCUGUGAAAAUGGAAACAUUAACUGCCCACCUCCACCCACCACCACACCUCCCAUCAAUCCUACAUCAAGCCCUCCCACUACAGCUAUCUCAACUACGGCUGAAACACGGUCAACAAAGCACCCCACCAUCUCUACACCAAUGACAACCACUCCCAAUAUCUCAACUACUACUGACAAUUGGUCAACUGUGCUUUCCACAACGUCUACCCCAGCAACUCCUACUUCCUUAACUACGGCUGAAAUACAUCACUCUACGAGUGUCACUCAACCCAGUACCACCGUCUCAGAAGCAACGUCUACAUUUAAGAGUUUGCCACCAACAACCUAUACCACUGAGAUUUCAAGCUCCACAACCACUGUGUGUGAGUGUAAAGACCUGAAGAGGAAAAAACGCUGGGAUUGCGGUGAGACGUGGACAGAGGACUGCUUCCAUAAGACCUGUGCAGAUGGGAAGAUAGAGUUGACUUCAGUGGUUUGUCCAAAGCUUGUGAUUCCCAACUGCCCCAGAAACCAGUUCACAAAAGUCUUGGAUGGAUGCUGUGAAAUAUGGAAGUGUGACUGUCGCUGUGAGCUAUAUGGGGACCCCCACUACAUCACCUUCCAAGGUGUGAGCUUUGAUUUCAUGGUCGAAUGCACCAACAUCCUGGUGGAGGAGCGGUCACCAAGUCAUAAUCUGACCAUUGCUGUGGAAAACAAAGACUGUGUAGAAGGCCUCCGUGGCUCCUGUGUUAAAAGUGUCAUCUUAAAAUAUCAGAACAAAACAGCUACACUCAGUAUCCUUCCAACUUUGGAGAGCAUACAGGCCACUCUGAACAACGUGAUCAUAGAGCCGCCAUAUGAGGAGCAUGGGUUUAGGUUUGAGACCACGACGUACACAGUGUCACUCUACCUCCCAGAGAUCCGCUCUUUUGUCUCCCUCAGUUCGUCCUAUAUCCUGGUGGUCAAUUUGGCCAUGGAGCACUUCCUCAACAACACCCAGGGACAAUGUGGUGUAUGUGGUGUUGGAUCAUGUAUCCGUAAAGGAGGGCAGAUGGAGGACGACAGCUGCUGUGAGAAGACGGCGUACGGCUGGGUGUACGACAACCCGCUGAUACCAGCCUGUGCUUCUCCACCAAGGAGUGUACCUUGUCUCUCACCCACUACAGUAUCCCCUCCAACAACCACUGUCACCCCCUGCCCUGCGAGCCCUCUAUGUGAGCUGCUGGACCACCCAGCCUUUUCAAAUUGCAGCCAGUAUGUGAAUUUGAACCUUAAAAAGAAGAACUGUGAGUAUGACUCAUGCAGGAAUGGCCCUUGCUCUUCACUGGAGCAAGCUGCUAUGGAAUGCAUAAAUGCUGGUUUCUGUAUUGACUGGAGAGCACUGACUCCUGGAAGCUGCCCCGUGACAUGUCCACACGGAUUGGUUUUCAGAGAAUGUCAUGACAAGCUGGAUGACUUCUGCUAUCGAGGAAUGGUUUAUCAAGGAGCCUCCCUCGAGAAAGGCCAAGCAGGCUGUUUUUGUCCCAGCGGCCAAGUCAAGUCCGGGAACCACUCAAACAUCUGCGUGUUGAAAUGUCCCUAUUGUAAAGGACCACUCGGUGAGCCCAAACUGCCUGGUGAGGAGUGGCAGUCCAACUGUCACGUGUGUAAAUGUAACAGCCAGACUCUCUCAGAGGAGUGUGUCUUCAAACCUCUUGAUCCAGUUCCGCAGUGUAUCCCCAUUGAUGUACUGGUAAACACCGCUUGCUGUAAUAAACAGAUUUGUGUGAAGAAGACAUGCAGUUAUCAUGAGCAAACAUACCAGGUGGGAGACCGAUGGAAGGAUGCAGCCAAUCCCUGCAUUUCAUUCCAUUGCACCAAAGAGGGUAUUCACACUGAGACUCGAGUCUGUCCCGAGGACAAGUGUCCGAAGGAGGACAGAAUUUGGGACGACCAACACUGCUGCUUUACAUGUAACCAGAGCUGUGUUCCGAAGGUGACUGGUAUCAACGUUACAAUAAGCAGCUGUACCGCCCUCAUGCAGAUGCCAGUGUGUCAGGGCUACUGUGUGUCUACGCCCAGCGUUGUGUUACACGGUGGCCUGCUGGUGACGCAGAAGAACAAUUGCUGUCUGAUGCGGAGCUCAGUGAAUAAAGUGGUGACCCUGCAGUGCUCAGACCUCACGAUCAGAACCUACACCUACCAGCACAUCACCGGCUGCGACUGCAAAGCCUGUGGCGUGCUGCUCUGA